AUGGAGCGCCUCUGGCCCCGAGUGGGCUCCCUCUGCCUCCUGCUCGCGGGGGCCGCCUGGGCGCCCCCGCUCAACCUCCACGACCCCAGAUUUGAGAGUAAAGCGGCCCUGCUCGCGGCCCGCGGGCCCGAAGAGCUUCUGUGCUUCAGCGAGCGGCUGGAAGACUUGCUAUGUUUCUGGGAGGAAGCCGCCGUCCCCGGGGUCGGGCCCAGAAACUACAGUUUCUCGUACCAGCUCGAGGGGGAGCCGUGGAAGUCGUGUCACCUGCACCAGGUGCCCACGGCCCGCGGAGCGGUGCGCUUCUGGUGCUCGCUGCCCACGGCCGACACGUCCAGCUUCGUGCCCCUGGAGCUGCGCGUCACCGCGGUCCCCUCGGGCGCCCAGCGCUACAACCGCAUCAUCCACGUCAACGAAGUGGUGCUCCUGGACGCCCCCGAGGGGCUGCUGGCGCGACAGGCCGACGAGGGCGGUCACGUGGUCCUGCGCUGGCUCCCGCCGCCUGGGGCACCCAUGACCACCCACAUCCGCUACGAGGUGGACGUCUCCGCAGCCGGCGGUGCAGGAGGCGCGCAAAGGGUGGAGAUUCUCGAAGGCCGCACCGAGUGCGUGCUGAGCAACCUGCGGCGCGGGACGCGCUAUUCCUUCGCCGUCCGCGCGCGCAUGGCCGAGCCGAGCUUCGGGGGCUUCUGGAGCGCCUGGUCCGCGCCUGCGUCGCUGCUCACCGCUAGCGACCUGGACCCCCUCAUCCUGACGCUGUCGCUCAUCCUCGUGCUCAUCCUGCUGCUGCUGGCCGCGCUCGCGCUGCUGGCCCAUCGCCGGACUCUGAAGCAGAAGAUCUGGCCGGGCAUCCCGAGCCCGGAGAGCGAGUUCGAGGGCCUCUUCACCACCCACAAGGGGAACUUCCAGCUGUGGCUGCACCAGAAUGAGGGCUGCCUGUGGUGGAGCCCCUGCACCCCCUACCCGGAGGACCCACCCGCCCCCCUGGAAGUGCUGUCCGAGCGCUGCUGGGGGCUGGCCCAGGCAGCGGAGCCCGAGGCUGCGGACGAGGGGCCCCUGCCGGAGCCGGGGGGCAGGAAGCACGCCCCGGACUCCUACCUGGUGCUGGACAAGUGGCUGCUGCCCCGGAGCCCGCCCGGCGAGCGCCUGCCAGGGCCCGCAGACGGUGCGGACACAGCGGCUGGGGACGAAGGCUCAGAGGCCUCUUGCUCGUCGGCCUUGGCCUUGAAGCCCAGGCCAGAGGGGGCUUCUGCCGCCAGCUUCGAGUACACCAUCCUGGACCCCCGCUCCCAGGUCUUGUGCCCACGGCCGCUGCCCCCUGAGCUGCCCCCCACCCCACCCCACCUGAAGUACCUGUACCUCGUGGUGUCCGACUCGGGCAUCUCGGCCGACUACAGCUCAGGGGGCUCUCAGGGAGCCCCCGGGAGCUCCCCCGACGGCUCCUACUCUAACCCGUACGAGAACAGCCUCCAGCCAGCCCCCGAGCCGCCGCCCCCCAGCUAUGUUGCCUGCUCUUAGGGUGCGAACGUGCAGGUGCUGGGGGGCUGACGUGACCGCCUGUAGCUGUGCAGGCCCGGGAGGCCUCCGGCAGGGGUGGGGCGCUGCCGAUGUCGGCCGCCCAACCCACGGAGCUCAGGAAACUCAACCUUGUAGUAUUACACACUGUACUGUGCGAUCUUUGUAUAUACGUAAACCAGAGCCAUAGCUUUGCUGUUAUGAAAUCAAUAAACUUGUGCAUGUUGAACGCGUCAUCUUCCUCCG